GCCAUUUAAACGAACAAGAAGAAGGAGGAGGGGCAAAGACAGGGCGGAAGUGACGUACUUUGAUCCAAAAUGAGGGAAAAUAAGAACAUGUCGGAGUCCCCCUCUCAGGCGGGAAAAGAAAUACCGUCGAAAAAACAAAAACUGAGCAGCGACGAGAACAGCAACCCCGAUCUAUCCGGAGACGAGAAUGUAAGCGGAGAUGAUCAUUUUUAUUAAAAUAACGGCCGUUAAUGAAGCUGUAGCGGGUUAGCAUCGUGCUAACAGUGCCGGCCGGCUACAGCGGUUAGCUCCGAGCUUUGUUCACCUGAAGACAUUCAAUCCGCUGUUUUGUCUUUUAUUCUGCUCUAAACAGUCUACAGGGGGAUGUCCGAGCUCUUUCGGUCAUUUUAUUCACAUUAACACGAAGAAGUGAGAUCUGUAGCCUUAGAGUGUCACGUGUAUCCUCAAGUAUCCGUUAGCAGCAGCAGCUAACAGGUGAAGACAGGUGUGGAGAAGAUGAGCUGAAGACUGGGUCUAAGACUGAUCCAGCUCCAGACUAACAGAUCCACCUUCAGGCUAAGACAGAUCCAGCUCCAGGCUAGAGUUGUUCUGAUUCCGAUAUCAGAAUCGGAAAUUGCUCCGAUACUACAGAAAAGGCAGGCAUCGGUAUCGGCGAGUACUGGAGUCCAGGUACCGAUCUGAUAGCAUGUAAUUGAUCAAAUCAGUAAUUAAUUAACUACCUGGUUUCCUCUGUUAGCUCUGUUCUGUUUGAAUUCCCUUUUUACUGAACAGGUUGUGUCUGCACUUUAAUUAAAACAAAAUAAUUAUCCCUACUAUGAUUUAGUUAAAUUGCAUUUGCUUAUUUUUUUAUUGAUUAAAAACAAAUAAAUGAAAUUUCUGUAUUUAUUAGUGUUUUACUAAGGGUUUAACCUGAGCCAGAACUUACCACAAUGUUUAUCAUACCACAGGCAGGCCGGGUAUGAUACUGGAUCUGUAAAAUAACAUACUGGUAUCAGAUCGGUACUCAGUAUCGGCUGAUACCCACAGCACAAGUAUUGGAAUUGGUAUCGGGAGGAAAAACUGGUAUCUGUACAUGUCUACUCCAGACUAACAGAUCCACCUCCAGUCUGAGACAGGUCCAGCUCCAGUCUAAGAGAGAUCCAGCUCCAGUCUUUGAGAGAUCCAGCUCCAGACUAACAGAUCCACCUUCAGUCUGAGAGAGAUCCAGCUUCAGUCUAAAGGGGAGACACCUAAACUAGACAGGUAGUGUCUUGAUUGAACAGGAGGUCCCUGUCAGCCAAACUCAGGUAUUUUGAUGUUUAUCAGGUAAUCCUCUCCACCUGCCAGCAUGAAGAAGCUUUAAAGACUGAAAACUUCUGUGAGACUUGGAGGUGUAGAUGUACAUAUGUAGAUGUUGCACACAUGUGAUGUUAACAGCUGCAGAUAAAUGACAGAUACCUGCAGUCUCUCUAUGUCCUCACUCAAUCACCUGUACUCACCUGUAUCUGUAGGAUGAUGCUGUCAGCGUGGAGAGCGGGACCAACGCCGAGCGCCCGGACACUCCCACCAACACGGCCAACGCUCCGGGGAGGAAGCAGUGGGGAAAAGGAAAGUGGAAGUCCAAGAAGUGCAGAUACUCCUUCAAAUGUGUCAACAGUCUGAGGGUGAGUACAGGCGGUACACCUGGAUGAACAACAACAACAACAACAACAACACUGUCCUGUCCUUCAGACUGAUGAGACACACAAGAAAACACCCCCGUCAGAGGAGAUUCACAGAAGUGUCGCAAUGUUUAAAUCCAUUUUAAUGUUCAAAAAUCUUCUUUUUUUUAUAAUUUAAGAAUAAAUCUUAAAAACUGACGUCCAUGUGAUGUGUAUAGUCAGAAGACAAUCAUCAUCAUUCAACUGUGUAAGAAAUGCAGACUAAAGACCGAAGAUCGUCAAAUUUUUCAAAUUUAAAGUGAAUCGGCAUCCAUUGAUAUUAUCAUUAUUAUUAUUAUCAUUAUUAUUAUUAUUAUUAUUAUUAUUAUUAUUAUUAUCAUUAUUAUUAUUAUCAUUAUUAUUAUUAUUAUUUUCAUUAUUAUUAUUAUUAUUAUUAUUAUUAUCAUUAUUAUUAUUAUUAUUAUUAUUAUUAUUAUUAUUAUCAUUAUUAUUAUCAUUAUUAUUAUUAUUAUUUUCAUUAUUAUUAUUAUUAUUAUUAUUAUCAUUAUUAUUAUCAUUAUUAUUAUUAUCAUUAUUAUUAUUAUCAUCAUUAUUAUUAUCAUCAUUAUUAUUAUUAUUAUUAUUAUCAUUAUUAUUAUUAUCAUCAUUAUUAUUAUCAUCAUUAUUAUUAUUAUUAUUAUUAUCAUUAUUAUUAUUAUCAUUAUUAUUAUUAUUAUUAUCAUCAUUAUUAUUAUUUUAUCUUCUUUUCUUUCCUCUUCAGUUGCUUGUUAGUUUGUCUUUAUUAUUAUGAUUUUUAUUUUUCACGUUUUGCCCCCAAACCACAUAGAUUGUACUCGUCCACACAAUCACACAAUAAUAUUCCUCACCAUCCAUUUUGUGACUGAUCCUCUCUACUCCUGUCUCAUCUGUGUUUUUGCUCUUUUUCGCUGAUGUACCAUUAUCAUAUUUUGUUCGUCUUUGUUGGUGUUGUUUUUUUUUAAUUCUUCUUAUUUCUUGUUUCUAUUAUUAUUCAUGUUGCACUUCACUCUUUUGCGUGUCUUGUUAAAUGUUUGCAAUAAAAAAUAAGUAAAUAAAUAAAUCAAUAAUAUCGACAUCCACAAAAUAGUAGAAGAAUGGAACCAGGAGAAAAGCGUAUCGUUUUCUAACCAUGUGUCCAUCUCCUCAGGAGGACCACGGCCAGCCCCUGUUUGGAGUCCAGUUUAACUGGCACAGCAAAGAAGGCGACCCGCUGGUGUUCGCCACAGUCGGGAGUAACAGGGUGAGUCUGUCUGCUGAAAAUGAUCAAAUGGACCAGAAACAUUCAACACCAACAGCCCUCAUCUGUCUGUCCUCCUCCUCCUCCUCCUCCUCCUCCUCCUCCUCAGGUAACUCUGUACGAGUGUCACUCUCAGGGAGAAAUUCGACUCCUGCAGUCUUACGUGGACGCAGACGUAUCCUUUCAUGUCUUCCUGUUUACUUUGAGGAGCAGGAAUCUGUAGGAGGUCUGACUUUGACACAGACCCUGAAAAACUCCCUGCUGUGUAAAAACCCUCAGGAGAGUUUCCUUCACUGAUUCUCCAAACAGGCCGACGAGAACUUCUACACGUGUGCCUGGACCUACGACACCAACACCAGCCACCCGCUGCUGGCCGUGGCGGGCUCCCGCGGCAUCAUCCGCAUCAUCAACCACAUCACCAUGCAGUGUAUCAAGGUGAGUCAGCUGAUGGUCACAGCUGGACUGUUUGCGGUGGUUCAGGACCUGCUCAGAGGAGACGGGAAGCUUCUCUUCUCCGGGGUCAUUAUCAUGUUUGACGGCGUCUCAGCGACAAACAGGAAACUGAUCGGUUUAUGUCUUUAUGAUUCAGCACUAUGUAGGUCACGGGAACGCCAUCAACGAGCUCAAGUUCCACCCCAGGGACCCCAACCUCCUCCUGUCCGUCAGCAAAGGUGAGAAUCUGACUGAUGACCCAGAAAAGUUCAAACCCAGCGUGUUUGAUUGGAGAGCGUGACAUUUAUGAUGUCAUCACGCCGUCUCUGAUGGCUUUAUGGACGCCAUCUCCGCACUAAAACCUCCUCCGUCUCUGCAGCUGAAGCUGGUCAGUGAGGAGGAGGAGAUAAGAUGAAGGUUACUGUGGUUCAUGUUUACGGCGGUGUGAUGGUCAGGUGGAGAGCUUUUAUAGGACCAGGUGAACCCUGACUCAGCAGGUUCAGAUCCACACCCUGUCCCAGGUCUGGAGGAGGGAGACUCCUCGACUGUCAGUGACGGGGGUCUUUGCUGACUGAUCAGGGUCUCAGACAUGAAGGUCCGCUCUGUUUUGACCUUUGAACUCGAUUGAAAUCAUCCGAACUGUUUCCCCAGAUCACGCCCUCCGUCUGUGGAACAUCCAGACGGACACGUUAGUCGCCAUAUUUGGAGGCGUUGAAGGUCAUCGAGACGAAGUCCUGAGCGCUGUGAGUGUUUUAAAAAUCAGUCUGUCUGUGAACGAGGACGUCAGACUGAGUUUGACUUACGUGUGUGUGUGUGUGCACGUGUGUGUGCGCUCUGCAGGAUUUCGAUCUCCUAGGAGAGAAGAUCAUGUCGUGUGGGAUGGAUCACUCCCUCAAACUCUGGAGGAUCAACUCAGAGAGGAUGCAGAAAGCCAUCCGAGGCUCGUACGAGUACAACCCCUCCAAAACCAACAGGUACGACUCUGACACUUCCUGUCUGCGAGGACUUUUCUUCUUCUUCUUCUGUCGUCGUCUGAUGUUCUUUAUUUCUCUCUUCAGGCCGUUUGUCUCACAGAAAAUUCACUUCCCCGACUUCUCCACCCGAGACAUCCACAGAAACUACGUGGACUGCGUGCGGUGGCUCGGAGAUCUGAUCCUGUCAAAGGUGAGAGAACUCUUCCCCACGUCUCUCUGAGGUUCGCUUCCUGCUGGAGUAAUAACCCUCUCACCUGCGUCUCCUCAGUCGUGUGAAAACGCCAUCGUCUGCUGGAAGCCGGGCCGGAUGGAGGACGACAUCGAUCACAUCAAACCCAACGAGUCCAACGUGACGAUCCUGGGCCGCUUCGACUACAGCCAGUGUGACAUCUGGUACAUGCGCUUCUCCAUGGACUUCUGGCAGAAGGUGAAACCCUCAGUGUCCGCCUGUAGCUGCAGGAGCUAACCCUCACCUUCAUUCAUUCAUUCAUUCAUUCAUUCAUGUAUUCAUGUAUUCAUCGGUCUUCUCGCUGGUUUCCAGAUGCUGGCUCUGGGGAACCAGGUGGGGAAGCUCUACGUUUGGGACCUUGAAGUGGAGGAUCCUCACAAAGCGAAGUAAGUGAGCGAGUCAGGAAACUGAAGGAGGGAUGAAGAGAGAGCAGCUCGGUGUUUUAACGCCCUCCUCUUUGCCUCGCAGGUGCACCACCCUGACCCUCCCUAAAUGCACCUCAGCGAUCAGACAGACCAGCUUCAGCCGCGACAGCAGCAUCCUGAUCGCCGUGUGCGACGACGCCUCCAUCUGGCGCUGGGAUCGACAACGUUGAGUUUCUGUGUUUGUCCCCCUGAACCCUGAACAGACCCACACUGCGAGGAAACGCCCCUGUAGUCUCACCUGAGGUCAAGAAGUGUGACUUUUAUUUCCUGGAGAGAAGCGAGGCGCCGUGUCGAGGUCAGGAGGAAGAUCUCCCAGACGGCGAAGGAGGAGUGGUGGUUUCGUACCAGGUGUGAGUCCAGGUCCAGGAUCAGUUCUGUCUCAGAGGGACCUUGGUGGAGCCGUGCUGUCCGAGGAUAAGUGCCUUGUAGCUUCCUAUGCAGACUCCUUCAUUUAGACGUUUUUCCACCAAUCAGCCGCUCCCGUUUCCUGCAGUCACAGGGAGGACUCCACACCGUCACUCCACACCGUCACUCCACACCUCCUCCGUCACUUCUUUUCAGGAAAACAAACUCCAAGACGCGACCGAUGAGAAGAGCCGGACGUUUCUCUCAGUGUGUCUUCUUCUUCUUCUUCUUCUUCUUCUUCUCUUCAUUCCGAUUUUUGCUCCGUUUUUCCUCUCCACAUGUUUGGACUCACACGUCCUUUUUAGAUAUUUUUAAAACCGUUUAUUUUUUUGCUUGGACUCUCCUCGUGUCCUCCACAAACUCACUCAAUAAAAAGUGUUUUAUAAAUAUUC